AAUUCUCCCUGACAAGUCCUUUUCUUCCUCCCCUUUGCCUUCUUCUGCACAUUCGUGUUCCUUCUCGCUUUUCUCAUCUGCAUUCGAAUCCUUCCUCUCGCUUUCUUCUUCACGCCCGCUUCACUGUUGCUCUUCCAUCACAACGCCGCCAGGCCACCGUGACAAUCUGUCGGCUCGGCCCACUCAUUACUCGACGCAGGCCUCCCCGCAGUCACCCAACCGCCAGUACCAGUCUUUGGCGGCACCGCUCUGCCAUCUCCAUCAUAACGUGCUCCUCUCGUGUGCCUGUUCUGUUCCAACACCAGCGCCUGCCACGCUGCAAUCAACACUGCUGCAUAUCAUCAGUUCAUCUCUGUUCAGAUUCGCCUCUUCUCUACGCCGCCCUUGCCUCCAAGGCGGCUAAAGCUCAUUGCGUAGCCUCUCUCCGAAACCCCCGCCUCACGUCCGCGCGAAAAGCCAGCGCUACCAGUUCAUCACCAUGGCUUCCAGAUCCGCGACGCCCAGCCAAAUGCCCGCGGUGCCUAACCGUGAGGAUGUUGACGCAACCUGGGACUACUUGGUGCACGGAAUCAAUAAGGUUAUGAACGAGCUCGAACAAGGCAUGAACAUGCAGCUUUACAUGGGAGUUUACACUGCGGUUCACAAUUUUUGCACUUCUCAAAAAGCAGUCACUGUUGGUGGUCCUGCGAUGCACUCUAAACACCGUGGCGCACAUCUUCUCGGCGAAGAACUCUACAACCAAUUGAUCGACUAUUUAAAGAGACAUCUGGAGAGCCUCGUUGAAGAAUCCAAGUCGCAUACGGACGAAGGCCUCCUGGCCUAUUACAUUAAAGAAUGGGACAGAUAUACGGUUGCUGCGAAAUACAUCCAUCACCUCUUCCGAUACCUGAACCGACACUGGGUCAAGAGAGAAAUCGACGAGGGCAAGAAGAACAUUUAUGAUGUUUACACGCUGCAUCUAGUCCAAUGGCGCCAGGUGCUCUUCGCCCAGGUCUCGGGCAAGGUCAUGGACGCUGUCCUUAAGCUCGUCGAAAAGCAGCGCAACGGCGAGACUAUUGAGCAGGACCAAAUCAAAAAAGUUGUAAACUCUUUUGUUUCUCUUGGUCUUGACGAAGCCGACCCGUCUAAAUCGACCCUAGAUGUCUAUCGCUACCACUUUGAACGCCCCUUCUUGGACGCUACAAAGGAAUUCUACCAAGCAGAGUCGAAGCAGUUUGUCUUGGAGAACCCUGUUGUGGAAUACAUGAAGAAGGCAGAAGUCCGACUCGCCGAAGAGGAGAACCGUGUCGAUAUGUAUCUUCACCAAGACAUUGCUCAGCCUCUCAGAAAAUGCUGCAACCAAGCCCUGAUUGCAGACCACUCAGUACUACUCCGGGAUGAGUUCCAGGUGCUGCUCGACAACAACCGCGAGGAAGACAUGGCACGAAUGUACAAGCUUCUUUCCAGAAUAACAGACGGUCUCGAGCCUCUUCGAAACAAGUUUGAAACCCAUGUCCGCAAAGCCGGUCUUGCGGCUGUACAAAAGGUACAAACUUCAGAAGGCGAUAAGCUUGAACCAAAAGUAUACGUGGAUGCUCUCCUCGAGAUCCACACGCAGUACCAAGGCCUUGUUAAGUUAGCAUUCAACGACGAACCGGAAUUUACGAGAUCACUGGAUAACGCCUGUCGAGAAUUCGUUAACCGCAACGAAGUCUGCAAGUCGGGCUCGAACAAGUCGCCCGAGCUACUUGCCAAAUAUACCGAUGUCCUCCUUCGCAAGAGCAGCACUAGCAUUGAAGAGGCAGAGUUAGAGCAAACACUGACCCAGCUCAUGACUGUUUUCAAAUACAUCGAAGAUAAAGAUGUUUUCCAAAAGUUUUACUCUCGCAUGUUGGCGAGACGUUUAGUACACAGCAACUCGUCUUCAGACGAUGCUGAGACUAGCAUGAUCAGCAAGCUGAAGGAGGCUUGCGGUUUCGAGUACACAAACAAGCUCCAGCGCAUGUUCCAAGAUAUCCAAAUUUCAAAGGAUCUUAACAAAGACUUCCGCUCCCAUUUAGAAGGCAUUGGCAACGACAAGGUUGUCGAUUCAACAUUUUCGAUUCUCGGUACUGGCUUCUGGCCCCUGACAGCUCCUAGCACUGAUUUCCAGGCGCCUGCUGAUAUUGCUGCUGAAAUUGAACGAUUUACCAGAUUCUACAAGCACAAGCACGAGGGUAGAAAGCUUACUUGGCUCUGGCACCUUUGCAAAGGUGAAAUCAAGACAGGAUACUGCAAGAGCAGCAAGACACCUUUCACUUUCCAGGUCUCCAUCUACCAGAUGGCUAUUUUGUUGGUUUUCAACGAAAAGGAUACACACUCCUACGAUGACAUCCUCACGGCCACCCAGCUCAGUGCAGAGGUUCUGGACCAAGCUUUGGCUAUCAUUCUCAAGGCCAAGGUUCUUAUCGUUGAAGGUGGCGACAAGCCUGGACCUGGUAAAAUUUUGAAGUUGAACUACGACUUCAAGAGCAAAAAGAUUCGUGUUAAUCUUAACCUUGGUGGUGUCAAAGAGUCUAAACAGGAAGAGGUCGAGACCAACAAGACGAUCGAAGAGGAUCGAAAGCUUGUUCUCCAGUCGGCCAUUGUUCGAAUCAUGAAAGCCAGAAAGAAGAUGAAGCAUGCUCAGCUCAUCAGCGAGACUAUUAACCAGAUCCGAGGUCGCUUCGUCCCCAAGGUCGGCGACAUCAAGAAGUGCAUCGAAAUUCUUCUGGACAAGGACUAUCUUGAGCGUCUUGAGGAUGAUGAACUUGGAUACCUGGCAUAGGUGGUGGACAUAGUGGCGUUAUUAGAGACGGUAAUGAUUCCAUUUGUAAACAAUGAUGGCCUCAAAACAGACGUUGUCAGCCUAUCAGUUCAGGGCCUCUGCGAUGGUCAGAACGUUGGACUUUGAGAUUUGAUCUCGGCGUUGAACGUCGCCGGACAAGGGCAAGGGCAAGGGAUUUCAGCUGAGUAGCAUGGUUAGAUGGAGAUAUUAGCAAGUGUCUUACAUAUGGAGAAAAGUAGUUAUGGCAGUUCUACUAGAAUGGAUUUUGAUGAUGACCCAAUCCAGUUAGUUUUCGUGAUCUAUUAAGUCAUCAACUAGGAUGUAAUUUUUUGUAUCUACAAGAUGCGUAUGUUUUUCAUUGAGAUGUUUUCUCAUGGCAUGUGUCAUUUAUUCCGUCCCCUCAUGGCCCUUUGCAGCGACGGCAGCGGACUCGUCCGAGGUUUCUUGGGCUGGUAGCGCAUCACUAAACGUCUCUUCAGCUUCCUCUGUAGCGGCCUCGGCUUCCUUGACAGAAUUUUCGGCUUGGACUUCCUUGGCAGAGUGUUCAGCUUUGUCUUCUCCGACAGGCUGUUCGAUCUUGGCUUUGGAUGUGGCACCAACAAGAUCCUCCGUCUGGAAUCCAUCGUCCUUUUUCUUGUGUGGUGGUGAAGGGACAUGUCCAGUUGUGAUACCGAGGCCCUCAAGGGGUGCAUCUCUGGACCCGUCGACAGAUGAUGCUGUUGUAGGUCGAUCAGCAGAGCUGCUCGCAUUCGAUAGAAUGCUCUCUCCGAAGGACUCUUGGGUGAUGGGUCGGGGCUUGCCGGCCGUGCUCGACUCAGACGGGAGGUUGACAAUCUGAUAGUCCUUAUCGAUCGGGCUGCCAGGAGUAUUAGGUGCUGUUGUAUCCUUGGCACUACCACUGUUGCGCCAGCCCCAGUUGCUGUUCUUGCGCUUCUCGCCAGCCCAAGAGGCCCAGCUGGAUACGUAGGCUCCAGCUUUGUUGCCGACGUUUUGCAUCGUCUGUUGAGCCUUGGCCAAGUCUACAGGAUAAUUGGCCUGGGCCUUUUCGUCCCCAGCCGCAGGCUUGCCAGGACUACCAUUCUUUUCACUGGCAGUCUUUGCUUCUUCGGCGCGCCGGCGUUGCGAUUCACGAAGAUACUCCAUAUCGCUGUAUAGCUUGUUGAACAUGCUCGAGGCCUUGUCGCGUCCGGCAGCAAGAUUUCUGCCAAGCAUUUCACGGCCUUGGGCGAGCUUCUCGUCAAUAUGAAGAUCCUUGACUUGCUCGGCAAUACGUCGCUGGACAUCGUCAAUGGUAAGCCCGCCUGCAGAAGGAUGCUUUGGCUCUGACACAGCGAAGAGAUUGGGAUCUGUUUUGGAAUUCCACAGGCGAUAGUUUUCAGUCUUUAACCAUGCUUCUAUCCACUCUAGACCAUAAUCCACGACGGGGUCCUCUUCCGGGGGGGCAAGAGGGUUCUUCGAGCCACCCGCCUGAGCCUGCAAAAAGUUGUGGUACUUGACAGAUGAGAUCAGGCCUAGAAUGUAGGCUUCAAAUUGCGAUCUGAUGAACUCUUCGCUGCCUGCGUACUGCAUUGUUUUGGGUCGGCUGGGGUUCGUCUCAUCCCAAGUUUCGUUAAUCUCUUGCGUCAAGAAGUCGAUCCACCGGCGAUCUGCGGCUGUGAGAGUAAGAGCGGAGCGGAGUGAUGGGGAAGAAAUGCCAAUGGUGUUGUCAUCAAGGUUGAUGAUGAUGUCGCUAUAUUUGUCUUUCUGUUGAAGUAGAAGAGAGUUGGUGCUACCGACAAUGUAGGACUUUGUCCCAACAUCCGCUAGUAGAUCAAGCUGCUGUAGUGGCGUAUAGGGCCCAAAGAUGCUUCCUUUACCAAACAACUGCAAUGGCAAUCCCAUGAACUGUAAAAGUGAGCUGCGGUUGCUGCUCUGCAGGGUUGUCGGCUGAACCAAGGUCUCCGCAUACUUGUUCAAUUCGGGGUCAGCACAGUCCUGCAAGUUCUUGAUCAAUCCUGGUAUCAGUGAAAUCAGCGAGAACUGCACCAUGCACAGUCUGUCACAUCGUGAGCCAAAGAAGAGCAUCUUUGGCUGUAGAAGACAGCAUUUGAGUAGCACCAGAGUCUGCCACUUGAACUCGUGGAUAAGCUCUCUCAAGCUCAUUCCGAGAUAUUGAUCGCGGCUUACGGCUCCCUCACUCAAAGUUCCGCGCGACUUUUCAUCCGCAAGACUCUCUUGGAAGCGACGGAGGAUCUCCACGUCAGUAAACUCACGCUGAGCAAACCAAGCGUGUGUCACCAUGCCUAAGCGUUCGCGCAACAUGCCGAAGUAUUGGGGGCUAUCUGCAAUAACGACAACCGCUUUUUGUACAGUCGAUCUUGUGACAUCCGCUGGUUUAUUGAUGAGGGCGUUGGCGUCAAGUUGUCGCGAGCAAGAGAUGCCGAAGAGGGAUGUGGCUGGCGUGGUGUCAGUGGCGGG